CCAUCAACUUCAACCCGUUCCACCAAGCAUUUCCACGGCAUUUAGAUAGCAGUCACUACCCUUUGUUGCCAUUCUACACCGCAGAUGCUUCUUGGGUAGCAAUUGCAUUCAUGUCGAGGCAUACAUGGCACGCCUGAACGAGCCGCCCGCCGCUCCUGCUGCGAGCCUGUAUGUUGCCCAGCCGGGGACGGAGAGUAUUGACACACUGAAGCGACGAUUCAUCCGGCAGAACCGCGACUUGGCCAAGAGCAAUUCCUUCCAGGCGCUGCGCAUUCGCAACCUCGAAAUCGACGUCACGAGACUACUGGACGAGAACUUGGAGCUGCGGAAUCAGGUGUUGCGCUUGGAACACGAUGUCUAUAACGCGCAGACGCAUGUGCAGAAAGUGAAGAGGGAGCUGCAGGCGAAGUUUGUGGAGUUUUUCAGUGGACUGUCGAGUACAAUCGAGGAAGAUGAUCCCAUCCUACCGGACAGUAUGACGACAGGGAGGCGACCGAUCGAGGGCAAAUGGCGGGAGAGGCAACCUUUAUCAGAGGUGAUGCGCGAUAGUCAAAUGCCAACCAUUAUGGAGCACAAGCAGUAUCCGCGACGGACUCUGGAUGCCGGCGAAAUCCAUGCGGCGCGACUAUCCGAUCAAAGCAACAACGAAUCUCCCGAUCUCGGACCUCCGCCCGUUGCGCGCUUCGAUUCUACAGAUACAGUCAAGAAUGCAUCGCCGCUUUUAAACAAGACCACCUCGGAGAUGCCCGCCACACAGGAUGAUGACGAGUUACCACCCAACCUCUCAAUCAAUCUUGAGACCAGACGGAAGCGCAAGGAUGGCCAGCCAAAACUCGAGAUCAGACGACAUUCCAUCCUUCCUCAGUCCCCCAGCAGAAACGAAAACGAGACUUCCGCUAUUCUGCGCACCGGCGCGAAACGAAAGCUUGCUGAUCGCGAGACUGAGAAACCUAUUAAACCUCCGAGUCAAGGCGAUUUCACGUUCAGUCGAAGAGUGAACACGGACGAGAACAGAAGUGCACUCCUCGAGAAGGCGCAGGGUGAGGGCGAAGCGCUGGACUCAGCACCGAUGUCUCCCAAUAAGCCCAUCAGAAAGGUACUGGGUGAUAAGAGUGUCAACAUGUCGCCAAGAAAGCGUGCCCUGCAGUCCGAAGAGUCGAGCAAGGGUGAUCCAGAAAACCGGCCUCCUCUAGACGCCGGCAGCGGAAAAGACACCGUUCCAACGAGAAGACGAAAGGCCCCCGCCAUCCCGGUACUCACGCCGCAAAACGAAGUCGUCCAAACGGUCGAAAUCGCUCCUGCUUCAACAGAUAUGCCUCCUCAAACGCCCGCAGAGCCAGACCUCUUUUCUCCGACUCCUUCUGAGCCAUCUACUCUCCCUGCAGCCGGUCGAGGAGACACACCACCCCCAGGCGACCUAAGCACACUAAGUACUACAUCCGAUGGCGCUGGACGGCCCUCUCGCCGCGCAAGAUCAGCAGUAAACUACGCCGAGCCCAGCCUGAUAGCCAAAAUGCGGCGACCGGACAAGAAGAUGAUGGAUGCAGUGACCGGCCUCCAAGAUCCCCGACGUGCUAUGAGCAUCUCAGGGGACAGGAGAUCCUCAUCGCAACCAGCAACAACGAUCAAAAAGGAACCCCAAGACCCCGCAGACCUUUGGAAACUGAGUCUGCCCGCCGCCGACCUAAUCGCGACCUCUAGUCCGCUGACGCAAAAGAGCGGCGGCGAGGAGCUCCUCGGCAGUCCAGACACCAACUCCACCACCAUCGCUGCGCCUCUACAUCCGCCCAAACCUUCCACCUCCUCGGCCAAUAUCUCCGCCCUUAUGGCCGCCAGUCGCAAGCGAAGGGAGUCCAGCCACCUACCGCAGCGACCUUUGGGCACGGAUAUGGAUGUCGCCGUCGCGACGAAGAAGAUGGAGGACUUGGAUGUGUACGAUUUCAAGGAGUCUUCGUCGCCUUUGGAUGGGGGCCUUGCACCGCGGCCGAGGGCAAAGGUUGCGCAUCGGAGGCAUUCUUCUGUGCCUAAGGAUGCUGGGCUUCUUGUUAGCGGGACAGGGAGUGGUGCUACUAUCAAAGUAGAUAGUGGAAGCGGUGAGGUUGGUAGGGUUGCGAGGACUGGGACUGCGGGAAGGAGGAGGAGUAUGAUGGUGUAGAAGUCGUUGGCUAGAGAUUGUUUGACGUUCGUUAUGAGAAUGCAGUGUGUUGCUCGUAAGCGAACGCAUCCCAAUCUUGUGGAUUAGUCCCGAGUCCUACGUUAUUGCUCGUCUCCAAGUUGCUGUAUGCAUUCAUUGCAUGUCCCUGAUCUGGUGAAGUCAGCCAGCAAAUGUAAAAUGUCCCACCACUUUCCCACUCCACCC